CUGCCACUUCUAGCAGCUCUGCCCUCCGCUCUGAAGAGCGACUUGCCCCACGCCGGAGCGCGGCUCCAGCCCGCUCCUGCCUCGGGCUCAGCCGGUUCAUCAGUCAGUCUGUCCACGCUCCCGACGGUGUUGUGUAGCUCCUACAGAAGGACGUGCCCCGAGAUGGAGAGCAAAGCACUGAUCCUGGUGGCUCUGGGCGUGUGGCUCCAGAGUCUGAUCGCCUCCCGCGGAAGGGUGGCCGCCGCCGACAGAAUUAUAGAAGGAAGAGGUUUUACAGACAUUGAAAGUAAAUUUGCUCUAAGGACCCCUGAAGACACAGCUGAGGACACUUGCCACCUCAUUCCCGGAGAGACAGAAUCUGUGGCUAACUGCCACUUCAACCACAGCAGCAAAACCUUUGUGGUGAUCCAUGGCUGGACGGUAACAGGAAUGUAUGAGAGUUGGGUGCCAAAACUUGUGGCUGCUCUGUACAAGAGGGAACCAGACUCCAACGUCAUUGUGGUGGAUUGGCUGUCACGGGCCCAGCAGCAUUAUCCAGUGUCUGCGGGGUACACCAAGCUGGUGGGAAAGGAUGUGGCCAGGUUUAUCAACUGGAUGGCGGAGGAAUUUAACUAUCCUCUGGACAAUGUCCAUCUCUUGGGAUACAGCCUUGGAGCCCAUGCUGCUGGCAUUGCAGGAAGUCUGACCAAUAAGAAGGUCAACAGAAUUACCGGCCUAGAUCCAGCUGGACCUAACUUCGAGUAUGCAGAAGCUCCAAGUCGCCUUUCCCCCGACGAUGCGGAUUUUGUGGACGUCUUACACACAUUCACCAGAGGAUCACCUGGCCGGAGUAUUGGAAUCCAGAAACCAGUAGGGCAUGUUGAUAUUUACCCCAAUGGAGGCACUUUCCAACCAGGAUGUAACAUUGGGGAGGCUAUUCGUGUGAUUGCAGAGAGAGGCCUUGGAGACGUGGACCAACUAGUGAAGUGCUCCCACGAGCGCUCAAUUCAUCUCUUCAUUGACUCUCUGUUGAAUGAAGAAAAUCCAAGUAAGGCCUACCGGUGCAAUUCAAAGGAAACCUUUGAGAAGGGGCUCUGCCUGAGUUGCAGAAAGAACCGUUGCAACAACUUGGGCUAUGAGAUCAAGAAGGUCAGAGCCAAAAGAAGCAGCAAAAUGUACCUGAAGACUCGCUCUCAGAUGCCCUACAAAGUGUUCCAUUACCAAGUAAAGAUACAUUUUUCUGGGACUGAGAAUGAUACACACACCAACCAGGCCUUCGAGAUCUCUCUGUAUGGCACUGUGGCGGAGAGUGAGAACAUCCCUUUCACCCUGGCUGAAGUUUCCACAAAUAAGACAUACUCCUUUCUAAUUUACACGGAGGUGGAUAUCGGAGAACUGCUGAUGCUGAAGCUCAGAUGGAAGAGUGAUUCCUACUUCAGCUGGUCAGACUGGUGGAGCAGCCCUGGCUUUGUUAUUGAGAAGAUCAGAGUAAAAGCAGGAGAGACUCAAAAAAAGGUGAUCUUCUGUUCCAGGGAGAAAGUGUCUCAUCUGCAGAAAGGAAAGGCAGCUGUGGUAUUUGUGAAGUGCCAUGACAAGUCUCUGAACAGAAAGUCUGGCUGAAACUGCAAGUCUACAGAAGGAAAAACAGUACAUGAAUUCCGUAAAGAACGAAGUGACUUUUACAAAAGAUGCCCAGUGCUUUGGGUGGUUAAAAGUGGAUUUUCCUGAGUAUUAAUCCCAGCUAUAUCCUUGUUAGUUAUUUUAGGAGACAGUCUCAAAUACUAAAAAGUGGCUAAUUCAAUGAGGAGUAUAGUGGUCAAAUAGCACAUCUUCCAACAUUAAAAGACAGCAGAUAUGAAAGCGCUGCAUUUUGUCCUUUGAGAAAGAAAUAAGAAUUGUUUGGGCCCAUGGUAAAAUAAUAAAGCUUCUCUAUGUAGUGAGUUUAGCCAUAGCCUAAAAUUGAUUAGAACCUCAUAUUUUAAUUGAAAUUCUGCAUUUUCUGUACUGAUACCUUCUCAAAGUUUUCUUCAAGUCUGAAUAUAGAAAAUGAUUUUUGUAGUGUGAGUCGGACCCAUUUACUUACCAGUCAAAACACUUAUUAUUUUGGAAUGGUUCUCCUCUUGCCAUUGGGAAGGAGCCCAGGAGUUGACUAGAGCCUGGUGACUUGGAGAGAGAAGAGAAGGGAGCUGAUAAAGCACUGGACCUUAAACACUCCCUGUGGUUGGUUGCAUUAUAACUAAGUUACAAACUAAAGGAGAUAUAUAAUUUAGAUCAAUUGAGUCUUACUAGGCUUUAUAGUUUAUUGCUUCCUCUCUCCCCUCCUUUUCCUGCCUUAUCUCAAGAUUGUAUUUAACCCUUGCUCUCUGGGUGGGUGUUUAAAAUGGGCCUGUUAUCUUCAGCUUACAGAUAAUUUUAACUAUGGAGAAAGAAAAUGAUACCAUAAUUUUAUUAUCAGAUUUUCAAAAUUAUAUUCAUCGAUUUGAAGUCAUUUAAUAUCUGAUAAUUACUAUUCAAUUUCAGGCUUAUCAUAGUCAUUCAUUAGUCAUACUUAAGCAUGUCUCUUUCUUCCCUGCUUUUGAUAAGAAAAUAUACGUUCAAUGUCAAAUUUUGCAUCAGGCAAACUCCUACAUAUUUUAGACAAGGACCGUUUUUACUAAGUAAAGAGAUGGAAAAGUUACUGGGAUGUAUUCAUAAACAGUGCUUAAAACCAUUGGGGGCAAUUAAAAGAAUCCUCAAUUGUCAUAGCCACAUGAAAUGUCAUGAACGUUGUUAUUAUUUUUAACAACUAGUCGAGUGAGUCAACAAUUAUUUAUAAACUAGAUCUCAUAUUUUCAGACUGCUUUUCUGUAUAUUAAUAUUCUAUAUAUUAAUAAAGAAGUCAAAUAUCUCAGAGGCUAUUGCUGGGAAUCGAUCAUGUGAACGUGUGUGGGUAUCUGAACACAUACUCACAUAUGAAGCCGAAUGUGUAUGUUUAUUAUUCAGCAUGGCUUGGAAGGUAAAUGAUCAAGAGAUGUAUUGGAACACGUUGAAGUAGAAAUUGUUCCAGAGGUGUCAGAACUUCAGCCCUUCAUCUGAGAAACAUUGUUGUGCCUACACAAAGUAGGACAGAUCAGCCAGCUUGGAAUGAAUUUUCUCUAAAAAUAAAAUGUCGUGUGAUUUGU